CGGCUGUAUGUGUCAGUGAAGGUGGUGAUGCUGAAUGGUGUCCGCUUGAACAAGUACAGGUGUCGGCGAGGCAGUAACUCCUUGGAGGGCUUGCACUCACACCUGUACAAGGCCAUUCCCUCACAGAGAUGUGGAGUUAUGCCAUUCCAAGUGUAUCUGAUUGCAUUUGCUGUGCAGUGGAACAGCUGCAUGGAAUCACUCAGGGUUGCUGGUGGUCAUGGCAGGCAGACGUGGUGUAUGGACCCGUGGCAGAUUCAGCACCUGAAUCAGCAGGCUGAGGUGCUCUUCGGUAAAGAGCAUGUCCUCGAGCCCAACUUUGCCGCUCCAAUGCCCUACCCUGCUGUAUACAAGGACCCAGACGAGGAGGAGCUCCUUGGAGUAGAGUAUGCCAUGUGCCAGUCAACCAGCUUCACUGCAAAGGAUUACUAUGCCCAGCAAGUUGAGGAAGAGCAGUCCCGUGAAGAAGAGGAGAUGGCUGAACAAAGUGAGGACAAGCUGGCAGAUGAGGGUGUGGACAUGGGUGCAGAGUCAGAGGAGGAUCCUAUGGACACUGUCAGUGACAAACAUGUCAUCCUCACUCAAUCAGAACAGGUGGAGGAGGAGGACAGUCCUGCUCUGCAGGAUGUGCUGAUGACCCAGAGCCAUCUGCAUCUUCCUGGGCUCGAGGAAGUGGAAGCCUUGGCCCUGCUCAUUUUAGAAUUGGCAGACAACAGUGACCGUCACCUAGUGCCAGCUGACCUACAGUCGUGGCCAAAAGUUUUGAGAAUUACAUAAAUAUUAGUUUUCAAAAAGUUUGCUGCUAAACUGCUUUUAGAUCUUUGUUUCAGUUGUUUCUGUGUUGUACUGUAAAUAUAAUU